UGUUCUGAGUCAGGAUCUGGCAGAAGAACAUCUGACCUAGCGGCGACGGACUUGGACAAGGAAAAGAAAGAGAAGACACGAGGGAGUCACACAGAGGCGUUUCCCUCCCUUGCGUUGUCUGUUUUGGCUAUAAAAACCUAUACUCGGUGUCUGUGAUUCAAGCACCAAAAUGAAAGGAAAUAAGCAGGAGAGUUCUGACUACAAUGAAGGUUCAAAGGGGAAGAUGACACUGACGCUUGCGCUGGUAUCGCUGAUAUCUGGGUUUGGAUCAUCUUUCCAGUAUGGCUAUAAUGUGUCUGUGAUCAAUUCUCCAGCCCCGUACAUGCAAGACUUUUACAACAAAACCUACUUCAAGAGGAAUGGAGUGGCAAUGGACCGUAGCUUCCAGACGCUGCUCUGGUCACUUACUGUGUCCAUGUACCCUCUGGGUGGCUUCUUCGGGUCCCUGAUGGUGUGGCCUCUGGUCAACAAUUGUGGCCGAAAGGGUACUUUACUGAUAAACAACCUCUUCUCCAUUGCUGCUGCACUCCUUAUGGGAACCUCAGAACUAGCAGAAACCUUUGAAGUAAUCAUCUUUUCACGUAUUGUUAUGGGAAUAUUUGCUGGUCUGGCUUCCAAUGUGGUUCCCAUGUUCCUUGGAGAAGUGUCCCCAAAAAAUCUGAGAGGUGCUAUUGGGAUAGUACCCCAGCUCUUCAUCACUGUUGGGAUCCUUGUCGCUCAGAUCCUUGGUCUCAACGUCAUCCUUGGGAAUGCCGGAGGCUGGCCUUUGCUGCUGGGGCUCACUGGCAUCCCAUCACUAAUUCAGGCCCUUACAUUGCCCUUUUUCCCUGAGAGUCCAAGAUAUCUGCUGAUACAAAAAGGCGAUGAAGAGCGAGCACGACAAGCUCUACAGAAGCUGAGAGGCUGCAAUGAUGUGGAUGAUGAGAUAGAAGAAAUGUACCAAGAAGACUGGUCAGAAAAGGAAGAAGGGCGUUUCUCUGCACUCAGCCUGUGCACCUUCAGAGGCUUGCGAUGGCAGCUCAUCUCUAUCGUUGUCAUGAUGAUGGGCCAGCAGCUCUCUGGGGUUAAUGCGGUCUUCUACUACGCAGACAGAAUCUUCCAGUCGGCAGGUGUGGAAAGCAGCAAUGUUCAAUAUGUCACCGUGUCGAUAGGAGCCAUCAAUGUCGUCAUGACUUUGCUCGCUGUUCUCAUUGUGGAAUCCCUGGGGAGGAGAAUCCUCCUCCUUGCUGGCUUUGGAUUGUGCUCUGUCUCCUGCGCAGUGCUAACUUUGGCCCUCAAUCUCCAGACCACUGUCUCCUGGAUGUCUUACCUCAGCAUAGUGUGUGUCGUCGUUUACAUCAUUGGACAUGCUAUCGGAGCCAGUCCAAUUCCAUUUGUGAUGAUCACCGAGAUGUUCCUGCAGUCAUCUCGGCCUGCAGCAUUCAUGGUGGGAGGGUUAGUGCACUGGCUCUGCAACUUCACCGUGGGGCUUGUGUUCCUCUACAUGGAGGCUGGACUGGGGCCCUACAGCUUCCUCGUCUUCUGUGCCAUCUGCGUCGCCACUGCAGUUUACAUCUUCUUCAUUGUUCCUGAGACGAAGAACAAAACCUUCAUUGAAAUCAACAGGAUCAUGGCCAAGAGGAACAAGGUGGAGAUUCAGGAAGACAGAGAGCUUGAGGAUGUCCACACUGUGCCAGGUGGGCAGGCAUGGAAGAAAGAAUUCUUCAGCCGUGAUCUGUGACCCAGCCCAGUGUUUGGCCUGGCCCAGAAAUUCUUCAGGAUCCGUCCAGCCUGUGAACAAAUACAUUCAUCCUUUGAUACUGAUCUUCAUCCAGACCUUCUAUAAACUUCCCACAGCAGGAGUUUUCAAAUAAGUUGUUGUGUCUUGAGACUGCUGUUGUUAUGAGUUAUUAGCAGGUCCAUUCUGCUUCAUGGCACAGCCACUGCCAAGGCAAAUGACCCAUUGGUGGCAUAUGUCACAAGGAAAGGGUAAUGUCCUUAACCAGCUCAGUUCCUGUGGUCAAGUAACCUGUGUCGUAAGGUGAUGCGUGUCCCUGAUGUCCUGACAGACAGAUCUCAAGUGUUACCAGCCAGCAGUUAUGCUGGGUUUUGGUCAGUUGUGUGCAGGGAGUGCACUAUAUUCCUCUGAGGAACUGUCAUUCAUGUAUUUGAGAGUCCAGCAUGAGUGAUGCCAGGCCUUUGGUUCUUUGGGAUGGAGAGAGUGUCAGUAGUUCUGAGGUAAUGUGUUAAGUGGGCUGAUAAUGGCAUUUACCCUGUGAAUACUCAUCUGUCCUUCGUGUGCUUCAAGGGCCUGCUAAACUGGGAAUGCAUAUCACUGUAAUGUUAUCCCCCCCUGCUCACCCAACACUCUCCUUCAAAUCAAGCCAAGUCUUCAGCUGUUGCUGAUGAGUCCUUCCAAAGCUUCCUGGAGGUUAGAAGUCAUGCAUCUGGCUGAUGCUUUUUAACAACCAAUUUAUAAUCGUUUGUUCCAGUGGCACUCUAGUCUUUGAGCUAUUUAGCUCCUUUUGCUCCCUAGUGUUUACACUUCAGUUGCCAAAGAGCAUCAGUCCCUCUUAAUCCUUUAAUAUCCCCAUAUCCCUACUCUGUACACAUGAGCCCAUGCAAGCUUGUUUGUCCCCUCCCCGAGAUACAAGGUGUUCCCCAGAGAAAAAUGCUAUUGAACUCAGAACAUAAGAACCGCCCUGCUGCAUUGCAGGAAUCAAGUUCAGGUUGAUUCCUGUGCAGUGGGAUACAGGUUGGAGCCUGUGUUUGCAAACAUAUUCAGACUUGUCUUUAACUUCUUACACUGAGUUGCUUAAAUUUAGUUUUUGAAAUAACUCAGCUCUCACAUCCUUGAAACCACUUGAAUGAGUCUUCAAAUGAUUUAGAGCUUGGUCCUCCUGCUGGUUUCUGGCUGUGUUCCCUAAGGGCACCAUUCCACCCAAGGGCUAAACUGGAUUGGAAAAACUCCGAGUCUAAGGCCUAGUGCUGACUUACGGAAGAAAGUGCACACUGAUAAAAAUGGAGGAUUUCUUAAAUUCCUCAUCAGUUUAAGGGGUUUGGGGGACAAUUAUGGCAUAAUUUAUAUUUAAUUAAUUGUUUUGCAGGUCUGCAGCCCUCUGUUGUGAAAAAAAACAGAAUUG